AUGUCUCACACACCAUCGUCCCGCUCUACAGCGUCCUCACCUGGAGCAGCAAUUCCGUCAACUCGAGCUACUUCCCCACCAAGCAGCCCGGGUUUCCUCCCCGAAACGAAGUCUGAAGCGGAUUCAGAAGUUCAGGUGGUGGAGGACCCAGCUCAGGCGCGCAUAUAUGCGGCUUACGAUGCUGAAACAUCCCAACAGGAAUCCGCCCAGCGACUGCAACAGCUGGAGAGCUUGUUGCAGCGGUCGGGAACGUACGUGAAGCUGCUGAAGGAGCAGAUGGACCUCGUGCGCGUCAAACACGCGAAAAAGCCCAAACCCGCGACGAAGCCCAAGUCGAAGGCGGACACAAAGCCGAAGUCAACACGGAAGCGCGGCCGCGUCGUGUCGGACUCCGAGGAUGAACGCGAGCCGAAACGCGCGAAGGCGGACGACGCGGAGGCGGCGAAGGAAGAUGAGGGGAAGGAGAAGCCCCCUGCGUUCGAGCAGCCCGCACUCAUCACGGGGGCGACGCUGAAAGACUACCAGCUCGAGGGCGUGGCUUGGAUGGCGGGGUUGCACCAGAACGGCAUCUCGGGUAUCCUAGCGGACGAGAUGGGCCUCGGGAAGACCAUCCAGACCAUCGCGUUCCACGCGUUCCUCCGCGAGCGGACAGCCGCGCCGUUCAUGGUCGUAUGCCCGCUCGCCGUCCUCGACAACUGGGCACGCGAGUUCAGUCGGUUCGCCCCAGAUAUCCCUUUCGUGGUCUACUACGGCUCGAAGGAGGAGCGCGCGGAGCUCCGGCGGAAGGAGAUGGUUAUGGACGCAGUCGACGUCGAGUACUACAACGAGGCGAUGAAGAAGUACGGUGCCAAGCCUGCUUCGUCCUCGUCGAAGAGCAAGGGCAAGGGCAAGGCAAAGGGCAAGAGCAAAACGAAAGCCAAGCCGAAGGGGAAGGGCAAAGUCGCGGCUCGCGGUCGCGCAGCGAAGGACGACUACGAUUCGGAAGACGAGAAGCCGAAGGCGCGCGGGAAGGUCACGGUCAGUGGCAAGCGAAGCAUUAGAUCGCGGCGACACGCACCGGAGGACGAGGCCGACUCUGAUGAGUUCGAAAAUUCGAUGGUUGUCGAUGAGGGCAUCCCUCCUCCCGCAGAGCAACGCAACAAGCGUCCACUGAAGCCGCACCAGAGGACGAACUUCCCGGUGGUGAUCACGACGUACCAGGUGGUGAUCAACGACCGCGCAGAGCUCGCCAAGUACCACUGGGGCUUCAUCGUCGUCGACGAGGGUCACCGUCUGAAGAACAUCGACUGCGUGCUCAUGCGCGAGAUCAAGCGACUCCCGUCGGACGCGCGGAUGGUUCUCACGGGCACGCCGUUGCAGAACAACCUCUCCGAGCUCUGGUCGCUCCUCAACUUCGUGCUCCCAGAUAUCUUCGGCGACCUCUCCACCUUCCAGGCCUGGUUCGAUGAGGGCCGACUCAAGUCGCGGCUCAACUCGGAACGCGAGGCGAAGCUGAUCCACUCUCUGCACGACAUCCUCCGUCCGUUCCUCCUCCGACGCAUGAAGGCGGACGUCGAGAUGAAGCUCCCACCGAAGAAGGAGUACGUGCUCUACACGCCGCUCUCGGAGCGCCAGCGCGCGCUGUACGACAUCGUCGUCCAGGGCGACAAGACUCUCCGCCUGCACCUCAUCAACGAGCUCGAGCGAGAGAAUGAGCUUGUGAACGGCUCCGGGCGGCUCGUCGAGGACGUCUCGGACGAGGAGGAGCCGCUGAUGGACGCGGCGCGCGAAAAGGCGCGCGUCGGCCGCGGGCUGCGCGAGAAGACAGGGCGCACGUACGAGAUCGACUCUGACGCGGAGGAGGACGAGGACGAGGACGCAUACUUCCGGCGGCUCGCGGAGGAGCAGCUGAGGGCGCGCAAGGCGAAGAAGAGCAAGGCAAACGCGGAGCUCGGGCGCGAGUGGCAGCGGCGCGAGGCGAUCAAAGAGGUCUCGAACCUGAACCUGAAGAACGUGAUCAUGCAGCUGCGCAAGGUCUGCCAGCAUCCGUUCCUGUUCCACUGGCCGAAGGACCCGAAGACGCGGGAGUCGAAGCUCGACGAGGAGCUGGUGACGGCGAGCGGGAAGAUGAUGGUGCUGGAGCGGCUGCUGGAUGCGCUGUUCACGAGGGGGCACAAGGUGUUGUUGUUCAGCCAGUUCACGACAAUGCUGGACAUCAUCGAGGACUGGGCCAAGGAACUCAAAGGCUGGGAGGUGUGCCGAAUCGACGGGAGCAUGAAGAUGGUGGACCGCCGAGACGACAUCCAGCGGUUCCAAGACGGCGGUGACUCCCCUGACGCUCCCCGGCUGUUCCUGCUGAGCACGCGCUCGGGUGGCCUCGGUCUGAACCUCGUUGCCGCAGACACGGUCAUCUUUUACGACCAAGACUGGAACCCGCAAGCCGACCUACAGGCGCAGGACCGCGCGCACCGCAUCGGGCAGACGAGGCCGGUGCUCAUCUUCCGCCUCCUCUGCGCGCACACGGUCGAGACGAAGAUCAUGCAGCGCGCGACGGAGAAGCGGAAGCUCGAGGCGGUCGUCAUCGCCAAGGGCGAGUUCGUGAACCCGACGCUCGCCGCGAGCGCGAACAAGCGCCAGGCGCUCGCAGAGCUCGCGAUGGAGCUCCACCGGCUCGAGGGCGAGCAGAUCGAGGUCGUGCCGGACACCGCGGCGGGCAAGGCGAGCGUCAUCUCGGACGCGGACCUGGACAUGCUCCUCGACCGCCGCCCGGAGGUGUUCGUCGACCGCCAGAAGGGCUGGGCGUCCGCGGCCGUGGUCGAUGGCCAGUCGGCGAAGAAGGCCGCUGUAGUUGGUGGGCAUGCGAAGACUGCGUUCGCCGUGUACGAGGCGCCGGCGCAGGUGGACGGGAACUUGCUCGGGAUGAUGGAGGCCGACGAGGACGAGGACGAUUGA